UCGACAUCAUCAACUUCAAGCGUACACAUUCUAAAUCGUGCAAUGCGAAAAUCUCCUUAAAGAAUAAAUCAGUCAUAUCCUUUGAGCUUCUUCAAUAGGUGGAUCAGGCGUGACAAACUCCCUUGGCCCAUACAUACUGUGAGUCAGCUUGUGCUGACUUGUGUGCAGGGCCACCAGUGGGGCCAGGGGGCAGCAGUGGGGUGAGCAUGGCCGCGGGGGAGGAAAGCAUUGGUCGGGCGCGGCUACGCCGGUGGCUCAACCAAAGCCUGCGGGUGGAGAUGAGCGACGGUCGCACCCUGGUGGGCAGCUUCCUCUGUACCGACCGGGACCAGAACAUCAUCCUUGGAUCCUGCUCGGAGUACCUGCAACCUGACACCACUGGCAGCACUGUGGAACCACGCAUCCUUGGUCUGGCGAUGGUCCCUGGCCAGCACAUCAUCUCGGUGCAUGUGGAUGAACAGUGCAGUGACUAGAUGGGACUUAAUGCCGUGGAACAUGUCCUGUGCUGUACAUACCUCGGCACCUGUUUUGUUGUUUGAAUGUUUGGAAUGGACGUAUAAAGUUGCCUAAGUUGUUU